GUUCAGCCAUGAAAGUCCUGGUGGCCAUGUUCGUUGUCCUGGCCGUUGCGGCUGCCGGCGACGACUCGCACACCGCUGGCGAGCCGAGGAACCCGGGACAGCAGGACGCGCUCCAAUACUGGAUGAAUUUGUUGGCCCCCUUCGCCAAGUAUGCUGGUGGUUUCUUGGGAAAUAUCCCUGGCUACGCCCCGGGCGGUGACGACCAUCAAGCGUACCGUCAAAACGCCAAUUACGGCACCAGCUUUCUCUUCACUCCUGUUGUCGGCUCGUUUAGCUAUCUGGACUUCCGUGGUGUGAACCAGACGGUCGAUUUCGCUGUGGACGAAUCUGGCUUCCGCAUAUCCGGCACCAACCUGGCUGUGAAUCCUCCCACGGAGGUGACCACAAGCGAUGACGGCUACCGCAAGUAG